UUGUUUUCUAGCAUUUUGGGUGCUACACGCUCAUAAAUGCAGUGUUUUCUCGUUUAAAAUGAUUAGCGUUUUGGCUAAGACGCUGUUAUCCUGUCCAAGUGUUCCUAUGUCCGCCGCGCGGUUUCUCCCGAGGUCUGGCCUCUAGUUGAUGUCUUUCUAACGUCUGUUAAGUACUACCUAAUUAAGUUAAUUUUCCGACCUUCAUUUCGGCAGGAUUAGUGAUUGAGCUUCAGAUGAUUGAUUAAAAAGUUUCUACUUUUUGGCUUGAUAAUUCUUAUAUCACAUCUCGUGUUGUCCAAAAUGGCGACUUUGCCUUUAGUAUCCGUGCCACAACCACACUACCUCCGCCGUGGAAAUGCUCAGGCGACUAAGUCGGUUGCUUGCCCCCGUUCUUACCACCGUGGAAGAGUAACAGUAGAUACCAUUUUCUACUUCAAGGGUGGAAAUUUUACUCAAAAAGUGUUUAAUAAACAUGGCAGACUAAAUGCAGUGUCGGCAGCGACACCUGAUACUUCUGUGAUAGAAACUGUAACACAAGUAUCAAAGUACCUCUUCAGAACCGAUACCAAUGGUCUAGUGAAGGUAUGUGUUGAAAAGAGGAACAGUAUGUAUACGGUAAAAGUCCAAGUUUUAUCAUUAGAGUUUGACAGUGGACAGUCUGAGGAACUGUUUAUGGUUUGGGGAUUAUUUAGAUCUGAUGCCAAAUCUUUUAUGCCUUUGGACUCGCAAAGUUUUGGGACACGUGAUGCUCAGAAUACUAUAGAAACAGUGUUUGAACUUAAAUCUUCAGGCGAUCUUGAAGUUGCAUUGGAUUUUGAACCCAGUUUAGCCCCUUUCUACAUGUCUUUCUUCUUGAAGUCUUCAAUGACUUCUGGAAUUAGCAACAUAGAAAUCAAAAGCCACAGAAAUACAAACUUUGUUAUACCAAUUGGGGUUAGUUCUGGUCAUCCCGCUCCAAUGGGUUUAUCUUUUCUCUCAGAUGGAUCUGUUAAUUUCGCACUCCUCUCCCGCAGUGCUAAGAGUGUAGUCUUGUGCUUGUAUGAUGACGUUAGAAAAGAGAAGCCUGCUAUAGAGCUUGAUUUAGAUCCUUAUGUAAAUCGAACUGGCCAUGUUUGGCAUGUCUCAAUAGACGGUCCGUUGCCAUUUGUGGGUUAUGGUUAUCGCUGCAAAGCGGAAACUGCUGGGAAGACUGAACACGGUCUUCUGUUAGAUCCAUAUGCAAAGAUCAUUGGUGAAUAUAUUCUUCCCAGGGAAGGGUCUGUCAUAGAUCCAAAAUUUCUUGGACAACUAUGUGAGGAACCUGAAUUUGAUUGGAGCGAUGAUAUAAGACCUAGCAUACCAAUGGAGAAUCUUAUAGUUUAUCAUUUGAAUGUGCAUAAUUUCACUAAGGACGAUUCCAGUAAGUUACCCACUCACCUUGCCGGGACGUUUUCUGGUAUUACAGAGAAACUGCAGCAUUUCAAGGAUCUUGGUGUCAAUGCAAUCUUAUUAGACCCUGUCUUCCCCUUUGAUCAACAGAAAGGGCCAUAUUUUCCACUGCACUUCUUUUCACCUGCACAGUCAUUGGGACCUAAUGGUAAUCCUUCAUCAGUUAUUAAUGCGAUGAAAGAGAUGGUUAAGACAGUCCAUGCCAAUGGGAUAGAGGUUUUUCUUCAGGUUGUUUUCACUCACACGGCAGAGAGUGCAUCUUUGUUGCAUAUUGAUAGAUCUUCCUACUAUUGUCUUGAAGGUGAUCAGGACACACAAUCUACACAUACAUUGAAUUGCAAUUACCCUCCUGUCCAACAACUGAUUUUGGACAGUCUCCGUCAUUGGGUGGUAGAGUAUCACAUUGAUGGUUUUUGUUUUCUCAAUGCUUCUUCCUUGACAAGUGGGUCCCACGGUGAGCUCCUGUCUCGCCCACCUUUGGUUGAGGCCAUUGCUUUUGAUCCUUUACUUUCCAAUGUAAAGCUGAUUGCAGAUUUUUGGGACCCUGUUGAAAAUACAUCGAAAGAACUUAUAUUCCCUCAUUGGAAGAGAUGGGCAGAGAUGAAUACUAAAUUUCACAAUGAUGUUAGGGACUUUUUGAGAGGUACCGGUUCUUUAAGCAACCUGGCCACGCGGCUUUGUGGAAGCGGUGAUGUCUUCUCUAGUGGACGUGGCCCUGCAUUCUCUUUCAAUUAUAUUGCUACAAACUUUGGACUUUCUCUUGUCGAUUUGGUCAGCUUUAGUGGACCUGAGCUGGCCUCAGAAUUAAGCUGGAACUGUGGGGUGGAAGGCCCAACAAACAAAAAUGCUGUCCUUGAAAGCAGACUUAAACAGAUACGCAAUUUUCUUUUCAUAUUGUUUAUUUCUCUGGGAGUUCCAGUUCUUAACAUGGGAGAUGAGUGCGGUCAGUCCUCAGGGGGCUCCCCUGCACAUGACGCUCGGAAACCUUUUGACUGGAAUGCUUUAACAACUGGUUUUGGUGUUCAGACAACACAAUUUAUUUCAUUCUUGAGCAAGUUAAGGACUAGAAGAAGUGACCUUCUCCAGAAAAGAAGUUUCUUGGAGGAAGAGAGCAUUGAGUGGCAUGGGAGUGACCAAUCGCCACCUAGAUGGGCUGAGCCGCCCAACAAAUUCCUGGCUAUGAAUUUGAAGGUAAAGACUGAAGAAAUUGUAACAAGCUCUGCUGAUGGCAUACCUGGACACCUAUUUGCUGCCUUCAAUGGCGCUGACCAUUCAGAGAGCAUUACUCUCCCCCCACCACCAGCAAGCAUGGUGUGGUACUGCCUGGUGGAUACUGCGCUUCAUUUUCCAAGGUUUUUUAGUGAGGAGGGAACUCCGGUUAAGGAUGCAUUAGCUACAUAUGAGAUGAAGUCUCAUAGCUGUGUGCUCUUUGAAGCAAAGUGCCCAAGUGUACCUGAGACCCAAGUAGACCAGAAAUUGCUUGUUCAACUCAUCUAGGAGUCACUCUUCCUUGAAUAAGAUGCUAUGCAGUUGAAUCAUAUUCUAUUACAUAUUCACUAUAUUGAUUUCUUAUUCAUAUGGCAUACCGUAUAAGAUAUUGGAAGACCAAUAUAAUUUAGUUUUAAUUCAAGUAACCAUUUCUCGGAACUGUUUUAAACCAGUUUGAAAUUUGAACAAAGAAAAAAGAAAUAACCAACUUAACCUG